AUGGCGGACCCUGCAGGCCCGCGGCUAGUUCCACCUCCACCGCCUCCGGCGCCGGAUGUCUGGUGGCCGCCCACGCCUCCACCCGAGGUUGGAGAAGAAGAGACUCGGAGGGGUGGCUUCGCUUUGAUCUCGCACAUGGCGGUUGCCAAACCCAGGUUGGCUGGAUCCGGCUACCCAGCAGAAGGUAGGACAGGUGCCACCAAUGCUGGGGAAACAAGGUUUGUGCAAAAGCGCUGCCUACCACCGGCUGGGCCGGUUUUGCACUCUGCUCCACAUGGCCUUGGUUGGUCACAAGUUUGGAACGCUCCUCAACCAGUUCAAGGGCUGCAUGCGGGAGUGCCACACGCAUUUGCAUCACCCACGGCUGGUCGGCGGAUUGUGGAGGAAACGCGGACAGCAUAUGCAGAUGCAGGCAUGCUUCGAAGCAAGUCGCCACCUCCCGCAAUGCGGUUGGUUUCCCAACCUGCCGUGCAGCCCCUUGUUGCUCCUACCGUGCAUCUGGCGGCAAGGCCGCACAUGCGCCAGCCACUUCUUUCGAGCACAGAUGCAGUCAAGUCGAUGGGAUGCACCCGCCAGACCCUGCCGGUACUGCCGACCUCGAAGUCCAUGCAUCAGCUCCCGCAACGUCCGCAACUUCCGCAAUCCAUCGAGCCAAAGAGUGUGAUGGGUGUGGGUGCCUGCCCCAUUUCGGGUCCAAAGAGGCCGGGCAAAGAAGCCUUGUCGGAUGAUGAGUUGAGACUCUUGGCCGAGGAGGUGCUCCACAACUUCGUGGCGAGCUCCUUGCUGAGGAAGUUGAGCAGGGGAGAGUUAGAUGCCCUGCUCAAGGCCCACCUGGGCGACCAGCAUGCCGCACGCCUCAUGGCGCAGAAGGCACACCUCCAUGCCGCCACGGAGAGGGUCAUCUCCAGCUCCGCGAGCCUGGGCGCACUGCACUCCAGCGAAGCCCGGUUGGAGGACGCUCAGCACAAGCUGGCCUUGGCCAAGGCCGAAGCCAUGGAGUCGACUUUGCUUGGGAGGAUCAAGGAAAGAGCCGAAAGAGCCGAAAGAGCCGACAUGAAGUCAGAAAGCGCAGAUGCAGAGAUUGCGGAAGUGGAUGGGCUGAAUGGGCUGAGAGGGCAGGGCGAUGGUGAAAUUGAUCUCUCCUCGCCACUGCCUCACGUGUCGCAGAUGUGUGCCGCCUCCGACAUGAAGUUACCAGACACGUCCCACGAAGGGUUUGGUCUGGAGAGUCUGGAGGAGCCAUCUGUUCUCUGCCAUGAGAGAUCGAGGCCGCGAACCGCUGCCACAAACGAGGAUUUGGGCUACAUAUUUGGUGAGGUGGCAACCCCUGUUCCUCCCGUGUCCCCACCGCUUCAGCUAGACGUGCGAUUUUCAUCUCCUCCGAGACCAUCGCGAAUGAAGUCUGUGCAAGCGCUGCACGAGUGCUGGGCCAACCCAUACUCGAAGACUCGAGUUGCCCGGCCAGGAUGA